AUUUGAAAAGUCGGCAUAACAUGUGAAUUCUACUUCACAAUUUUAAGUUCUUAUUUGUCAUUAUGGACACGAAUUCCACUAUAUCUGGACUUACUAGGACAGAGAAAACAGAGCACUGAAUACAUAGAGGCAUUGACUAAUCUACAUAUCUACAGGCUGCAGAGACACAUCUUGUCAAGAUGGAACCUGUAAAGUUAUUGCUAAAAAGACUGGAUAAAACUGAUGCAUACCCAGAGUUGAUAAAGGAUAGCCUAACAACCUUAAGGAGGUUAGAAAUCUCAAAUAGGGAUGAUUUGGUAGAGGUUAACAAGACAUUGCAGUUUUUGACUUUGAUAUUGAAUGGAUCUGCCAACGUAGAUCAGAGUAUUUCUAAGGAUGUUAUUGACCAGAUAAUAUUCAUAUUAUCAAAUAUCAAACAGGAUAAUGAUGAGGAUGAUAUGACAGAAAUCUGGAUUAAUAUAAACGCCUUGUUUGCCAAUUGUGUAGAGUUCUCAACCAAUGAGCAACAGGAACAUUUUCAGGAGUUUGGCUUGACGAAUCUUCGCCUAUUUAACAAAGAAAGUUCUCGAAAAGUUGUAAAUUCUCAAAACAUGAGCAUAUUUGGUACCCUGGACUUGAUGUCUCAUCUCCUGAAAUGCAACUUCAAUUGGUCAACAAAAUCCACAUGGAUUAAUGAGAUAUUUGAGCAAAUUAUUAUUUCUCUACAAAUAACCGAAGAUGCAUUUUGUGGAAAAAUAUUAACAAUGGUCUUUCCAGCUGUAUUAGAUCUUUCAAACUCAGAAAUAAGUACUUCACUUGAACGUGUAUGGGACAUCAUUAAAGAAACAUACGUCCAAGGGGAUUCGGGUAUACAGAGGGCAUAUAUGCUUCUCUGUGGUCUGUCAGACAGAUAUUUACCAAUUGAUGGUAAACCCAUUUUUGAAAUUCGACACCAAAAGAAAUUCUGGGAAAUAAUCCAAUAUGGGAUUUCUCAUAAAAAUCCUCUAAGCCGAAAACGCUCAAUGUACUUGCUGAAGAGGAUGGUUGAUACAUGUGAACAUCAAAAGCAGAAUCUUACAUUUGCUUUUGGUCCAGACAAUGUCCCAAUAUUCCAAUGGAGUAAGAAAGAUGGUGAGAAGCUCAGCAGUAUAUGGGAGGAUUAUUUCCUAUUGAUGGAAACUCUUGAUGAGAAACAGACUCAUGUCAUUAGACCAGUGAUGCCUAGGUUCGAAAACUUGGUAAAUGCCUCUUGUGCAACUACUAUAGGUACCACUUUUCAUACUUCCUGGUUGUGCACAAUCAUCAAACGUGCCUCCAUACAUGAAAGUGCCAAUAUUCUGCGCUGGGCUGUCCAAUCAUUAUUUGAUAUUGAUCUUAAGUUGUGCCCCAUGUUGGAACAGGGUUGCGACAAGUUCUUCUGUGGUGAACUGGUGAAGAUCUUGACAGAUUCAAGUCUGUACGCGAGGUCAUUUGAAGGAUGUUUAGGAUCCAUUCCACCUUUAGCUAAGAGUCUAGGGACAUUCCUGACUAACUGCCAUGAUGUCAUAGAACCCUUAAAGAGGACACAGUUCUUUGAAAGUUUCAUUAAUGGUGUGGCUAGAGAAUCCUGGGGAGGCCCAACUUUUUUAUAUGUCAGCCAAGCAUUAGCAGAACUUCCUAAAUCUGGUCUUUUAGGUGCUGGAUCUAUUGGGAAUUUGAGAGAAAUUGUCAUCCGGCUGUUUAGUUCAAUGAACACCUACCUUAGAGGAGCAACACAGGUGUUUGUUACAAGAACAGUCCUUAACCUCAUUGAUAUGAUGCAGGUCUCGAUUCAUGAUGUUAGUCAGUUCCUAGCUGUACUACGCACCGAUGAGUGUAUUCAGAGACCUCUACUGCUGUGGAUGGAAUGUUCUCAAUGGCUUUUAGAUGCAUCUGGAAGUAAUUAUGUAAAUUGGUCAGCUGCAGACGUCAGGGACUAUUUACAAAGCAGCCUGAAAGAUUUGUUGUUUGUCCAGUUGACAGAUGAUGGCGAUAGUCAGGUUUUGAAAUCUCAAAGCAGCCUCGUCAUUGCAAGAUUUCUACUCAUGUACCAUGAUGCAAUGUCAAUUCCUUCAAUCAACAAGAGCAGUGUUAUAAGCAAAGAUCAACAAAUGAAUAAUGAUCACCUUGACUACAAUGAAAGAACCAAUGGAAUUCAAGCUAUAUUUCACCCAGUGAUUGAUGUAUUGAAUCAGAUGAACUCAAAUGCCUACAUGCCCUCUGUGAAAGUUGACCGUGCUCUGCAGUUCAUGCUGAUGAUUUAUGAAGAGGCUGGUCCAGUUGGUUUAGAUGAUCCAGUGUUAGAGAUGAUGAGACAUUUGCUGAAACCUCACAGUGGUGAGGUGCUUGUAUUUCUACAGAGGAGGAUCCAUGAACUAGACCAAAUGCAUCAGGUUGAAUUGAUUAAGUUGUACAGUGAAGUCUUGGCAAUGUUGUACAAACUGGACCUAAUGGGUGAUAUCUCUGUGGACAAUCUAUUGUCUCUAUGCCUUACCUUGCUGGCCGUAACUCCAGCUGAGGUAACUAUGGAAACACAAAUGCAGAAAUUGAGUGCAAUAUGUUUUACAAAGACUCUUUACAAAGAAAUAAUCCAACAGAAAGACAGAGGAAACAGCAUACAUGUGAUACUUAACAUUACCCAAAAUGUUGAAAAGCUCAACAUUACCUCAAGUUUUGAACGACCAAAUACAGGAGAGGAUGACAUAUCCCAUAAUGCCUGGGGUAAAAUUGCAUCUGAAUAUAUAACCAGCCAAUGGGACUGUGUUCAAGUGUAUCUCGCUCAACAGAAUGGAAGUGGGAAAGACUUAGGAGAUUCAAAUAGUCUGGAUUUGAUGAAUAGUUGUAUCGAGGCCCUGAAUGUGUGUCAAGCAGAGGGGGCAACUGUGAUAUUCAACUGUCUAAAGCACCUUGUUUCACAGGUUGUCCAUGCAGACCAAGACCUGUGUCAAAGAGUCAUCAAAAUAUCCUGGAAUAAGGUCAUCGAAGAGGCAAAAAGUUUAGAGUUCUGGGGACUAUGGAAGGCAUAUCUGAAUCUAGUUUUUCAAGAGGCAACACUAAAGCCAAAUGUGGAAGCCCCAAUUGUGCAAUAUUUACUAAAGCAAUCAGCAGAGAUAGUCAGCUUGGGAGAGGACCGUGGCGGUCAAGUCAACAUCUUUAUUCUUCAUCUUUCCAAAAUUUGGCAACAGAAUUGGGAUAUUGCGGCAAAGUUCACUGAUUUCAUGAUUGAAUGUGCCACGUUUGGAAAGAUGUCUAAACGCUGUGCAUGGUACUACCUAGAUGCCUUUGCUUACAUAGAUGGACUUGGUGUAGACUUUCCUGCUAACCAGCUACAGAAAAAUUACCUCAAAUCCAAUGGCCAUGUUAGAUGUUGCAUUGUGACCUACUUCAAUACCUUGGACCUAAACAACAAUAAUGAUGUGGCCCUAGCCAGGUCAUUGAUUGCCAGUAUCAUUGCAAAACAGUUAGCUCUCACUAAAGUCCCAAGUUUCAGAAAUUUCCCAAAUUCAAUGCCUCAUCGACUGAAACAACGUUUGAUAUCAGCUUUACUAGUGCUAGAGCCUUUCAUGGAUUUGGCUGAGGUAGAGCGACAUUGGGCUACUAUUCUAGAACUACUAUUACACGAGAAGAUCCCCUCAGUGCGGUGUAUGGUGGAGUGGUUCACUGUGCGCCUAAUCAACCGUUGCCCAUCCUUCAUCCCCAAGCUAUGGGAUGAACUCAGAUAUCGAGAGGAGAAGAGGUCUGCAUGUAUAUGUUCUUUGUUAUCCAUAACUUCACAGCUUGGCACACUGCAGCCAGACCACAACACACAGGAGUUGUUUUUCUUGGAAGCAAUCCCUCACAUCCUACCAUGGUGUCUGUCCCACCAUUUCAACAUUCGGGUUUUCUCCCAGUCUGUCAUGAUGAAGACAUGGCUGUAUUGUAAGGACAAGGGCCUCAAGAAUGUUCUUGACAAACACAAUGUAGUUGAGUGCUGCUUAGACAUAAAUUCUGGAUCAGGGCAUGCAGCUAAAAGUACAUUGAAGUUAAUGGAGAAUUUCUUCUUCUGUGUCUUCCAUCCACUCAGAGAUCACAGCCUGCAGUCAAUCUUCCACACCAUUCCUCGUCUUAAUGGAGUUACAGAUGAGGAAUGGAUCCAUCC